AUGCUGAUCUUUCUUCACACAUACCUACUUUUUCAUCAACUUCAGGCAAAUGGAGAAAACACUGUUUGCCGAAUGAUGGAAGACCCGAAAUACCCACUGCUGUCCAAGGAUGGAGACAUAAAUAUUGGUGCCCUUUUUUCAAUACACAGUAUAGAAACAUUGUCUUCAUUUGAGUUCACAGAGAAACCUCAACUUCUAUCAUGCACCAGCGUGAAUCUAAGAGAUUUUCGGAUGGCUCAGAUCAUGACUUUUGCCAUUGAGGAGAUAAACAAAAGUGAAACUUUGUUACCAAAUGUUUCUAUUGGCUACAGAAUAUAUGACACCUGUGGAUCACGACUGACUUCUAUGAAUUCAACAAUGGCUUUAAUGAAUGGACAGGAGUUGGAAGUGGGGGAUAAAUGCAAUGGACAGGCGCUUAUACCUGUACAUGCUAUCAUUGGAGAAUCAGAGUCUUCUGCCACAGUGAUUCUGUCCAGAGCAACGGGACCUUUUAAAAUUCCAGUGAUAAGUCACUCAGCAACAUGUGAGUGUCUCAGUAAUAGGAAAGCUUACCCAUCAUUCUUCAGAACUAUUGCUAGUGAUUAUCACCAGAGCAGAGCACUUGCAUACAUAGUCAAACACUUUGGCUGGUCUUGGGUUGGAGCUGUGAACACUGACAAUGACUAUGGAAACAAUGGAAUGGCCAUAUUUCUUAAUACAGCCCAGGAGGAGGGCAUAUGCAUUGAGUACUCUGUAAAAUUCUACCGAACAGAGCCUGAAAAACUCCAGAAAGCAGUAGACAUAAUAAAACAAAGCACUGCUAAAGUCAUAGUUGCGUUUCUUACCAGUUUUGAGAUGAACAUUCUACUUGAGCAGUUAAAUAUUCAGAACAUAACAGGCCUCCAAAUGAUUGGUGUGGAAGCAUGGAUAACAGCAGAGAAAUUGAUCACUCCAAACAGCUUUCGUGUCCUUGGAGGAUCACUGGGUUUUUCCGUAAGAAAAAUUGAUAUUGAAGGAUUUUCAGAUUAUGUUGUUAAUGCAUUCUGGGAGACAGCUUUACCAUGCUCGCAGAAAGAUAAACAUUCAACUCAAGGUCAUUUAAACUGCAACAAAUAUCAGGAUCUUCUUGUGUUUCAAAAUUACAAUGAAGAUGUGCCUGAACAUAGAUAUUCAAGUAAUGUCUACAAAGCAGUGUAUGCUGUGUCUUAUGCACUACACAGUCUGCUCAAUUGCAAAGAAAAAGAAGGUUGUGAGAAGGGCCUGACAAUACAACCACAGCAGGUUGUUGAUGCUCUGAAAAUGGUAAAUUUUACAGUUAAAUUUGGAGAUCGUGUGUGGUUUGACAGCACUGGUGGUGCAGUAGCCCAGUAUGAAGUUGUGAACUGGCAGCAGGACUCUGAUGGAUCAAUUCAGUUUAAAGCAGUGGGUUACUAUGAUGCCUCACUGCCCCCUGACCAGCGCUUUGUGCUUUACACUGAAAACAUCGUCUGGGCUGGAGGACAGCUAGAGAAGCCAAGGUCUGUGUGCAGUGAGAGUUGUCCUCCAGGCACUAGGAAGGCUGUACAGAAAGGAAGACCUGUCUGCUGUUAUGACUGUAUUCCAUGUGCAGAUGGAGAAAUCAGUAAUGAGACAGAUUCAAAUAACUGCAUGCAGUGUCCAGGGGAAUACUGGUCUAAUGCUGAAAAAAAUAAAUGUGUGUUAAAGGCUGUAGAGUUUCUGUCAUUCACAGAAGUUAUGGGUAUAGUGCUGUUUUUUUUCUCACUGUUUGGUGUAGGAAUAACUGUUCUGGUCACAGUUCUGUUUUACAGUAAGAAGGACACCCCCAUAGUGAAAGCCAACAACUCAGAGCUGAGCUUCCUGCUGCUCUUCUCAUUGACUCUGUGUUUUCUCUGUUCACUUACUUUCAUUGGUCGCCCCACUGAGUGGUCCUGUAUGUUACGUCACACAGCGUUUGGGAUCACUUUUGUCCUCUGUAUAUCUUGUGUUCUGGGGAAAACAAUAGUUGUGUUAAUGGCCUUCAAGGCCACACUUCCAGGAAGUAAUGUCAUGAAAUGGUUUGGGCCUGUACAACAGAGACUCAGUGUUCUUGCCUUUACACUUAUACAGGUUCUCAUCUGUGUGCUUUGGCUAACAAUAUCUCCUCCUUUUCCCUAUAAAAAUAUGAAAUAUUAUAAAGAGAAGAUCAUUCUUGAGUGCAGUCUGGGUUCUAUUGUAGGUUUCUGGGCUGUACUGGGUUAUAUAGGCCUACUGGCUCUCUUGUGCUUCAUUCUGGCUUUUCUGGCUCGGACACUGCCUGAUAAUUUCAAUGAAGCUAAAUACAUCACAUUCAGUAUGCUCAUAUUCUGUGCUGUGUGGAUCACAUUUAUUCCAGCUUAUGUCAGUUCUCCUGGAAAAUUUACUGUAGCUGUCGAGAUAUUUGCCAUUUUGGCUUCAAGCUUUGGUUUAUUAUUCUGCAUAUUUGCACCGAAAUGUUACAUCAUACUGUUUAAGCAUGAACAAAAUUCAAAACAACAUUUGUUGGGAAAAACACAAAAAAAAUCCUACUGA